AUGACUCGCCACACCUCUAUCGACUCUGAGUGUCCCAUGAUGGCUCAAUCGAACCGAAACUCAAAGAGAUUCUCCACUGUCAGUGGAAGCCCCUCACUGGCUGCUUCCGAUCGCACAAACGGCACUCUGCCCAGCGGCGACCCCAGAAUCGCUGACAUCGUCUACCUCCACGAUGGCUUUGGGCGCCUUGAGAACGAGAUUCUCAACAAGCAGCGAUUUGUGCCCACAGAGGAGAAGUCGAACAACCUGAACAAACUUGCUCUUGGGGCCAAGGUCGAGCGUGCUCUAGACCGGAGGAUGACUGGCCAAGACGCUGUCAUGCGCAAGCCUCUCUCUGAAAAGACUGUGGUGCAAACUGACUAG